AUCAACUUGGCCCCAAGAAUAAAGAAUGGCAAUGGCAAGGUACAACGCCAUACUUUGUGGUCUGGGGGACGUUCUCUUCACAUGGUCUCCCCCGCCCAAUUCGACCCUCCCUCUGAACACCCUUCGCAGAGUUCUCUCCUCAUCGACAUGGUUCGAGUACGAGAAGGGCCGAAUCUCCCAGCAGGCAUGCUACGAUAGCCUUGGACGAGAACUAUCCAUCAGCCCGAUAUAUGUCCGCAAGGCAAUCGAAGAGUCCUGCGCCUCUUUGCGUUGCAACCUCGAUCUUGUGAAUUUCCUGCGGGAACUCAAAGACUCGACAGGGGAGACCUUGCGCAUCUUUGGGAUAUCAAACAUAUCACAACCAGACUAUGAUGCCCUGCGGAGCAUUGCUGAUAAUAUGGAUUGGUCGAUAUUCGAUGGCAUCUUCACCUCCUUCGCAGCGAGAACGCGUAAACCCGAACUUAAAUUCUACCGGUACGCGCUAUCGCAGGCGAACCUGGAACCCUCUCGAACUAUAUUCAUAGACGACAAGCUCGAGAAUGUACUUUCUGCACGCUCCCAAGGAGUGCAUGGUAUCGUGUAUCGCGAACCCAAGGAACUGAAGCAAUCGCUGCUCAGUUUGUUUGGAGAUCCGGUUCAGAGAGGUCAAAACUUUUUGAAGGAGAAUGCAGGACAUUUUGUUUCAAUGUGUGGUGGAAUAGCUAUACAGGAAAACUUCGCUCAGUUACUCAUUCUGGAGAUGACAAAUGACCGAUCUUUGGUCGAGUCGGAUAUUGUUCAGAAGGAAGGAAAGUGGAACUUUUUUCGAGGGAAUAGUCAACUUACCACAGACGAGUUUCCUUGCGAUUUAGACACCACAUCACUCGGCCUUACGGUGGUUCAAGCAAGGAUGAAAAUAGCAACGUCUAUAAUGGAUGAGAUGUUGAAUUAUGUCAACGAAGACGGUAUCGUACAGACAUACUUCGAUCAUGAUAGACCGCGAAUCGAUCCCGUUGUCUGCGUGAACGUCCUUCACCUCUUCUAUUCAUAUGGUCGAGGAAGCGAGAUGGAGCAGACUUUGCAAUGGGUGCACGAGGUGCUUCUUCAUCGGGCGUAUGUCGAAGGAUCGCGUUACUAUCAAACAGCAGAAUGCUUCCUCUUCUUCCUCUAUCGAUUUAUCAGCCGCUGCAAUGAUCCAGUCGUCCACAACCGCUUCUAUCCGCUCUUAAAAGAAAGAAUUCUGGAACGAAUUGGGGCGGCAGGUGAUGGACUUGCCUUAGCAAUGCGCCUUAUCGUUUGCCAUUUUACAGGUGUUAAAAACGAUAUCGAUCUUCAAUCUCUUAGAGCUUCCCAAUGUGAAGACGGAGGAUGGGAUAUGGGUUUGAUCUACAAAUACGGAUCUUCGGGUCUCAGCAUCGGGAAUCGAGGUCUGACAACGGUGAUGGCUAUCUAUGCCAUCCAGUGUAGCCUAGCCGACUCCUCACUGAGCGAGAACGAGUGAACUUCGGGAUCAUAGUAAAUAUUAGAUAAAACUACCAGAUAACUGUAUAAUUUCAUACCAUGUUAAUUCCCUAUAG